UCGUGACCCCAGAUUUGUGACGUCUUCUGGGUACUCUGUGCUGUUUCUAUGUCCAGAGGUCUUUUUCAUAUAGGACCUCCAAAAGAUAAAGGGGGAAUUCUGUGACUCCAGGCUGCUAGAUGUUAGAACCACAUUCCCCCAAAUUGAAGAAUGAAUUCCGAGGAACGGCAGAUGUUAAGAGGAGGAGAAGAUACUCACUGAGGGGGACAGAGACAGCUCCUGAGGGACAGCAGGAGACCUGAAUGGGCUGUGCAGAUGUCACUUUACUGAGGGAAGUUUUACAGAGCAAAAUCACAAAGUAGGUGCAGAAUCACAAGGUGGAUACAACGUGGGACAAAACUAGGAUCAACCAGUAGAAUUCUGAGUACAGCCACUGAGGUCAGGUGAUCCAGCUCGUGUAGCAAGCGACGUGGAGAAGAUGAGGCAGGAGGUCCUGGUCACCCACCUGGGUGACCAAUGGAUGCCUAGCUAGGUUUAUUGGACCAGGUAAUACUAAUCAGGUAAUGCUAGUAUACCGGGUAACACCAGGUAAUCCUAGUACAUUGCACAUCCCCCAGGGGGUGUGUAGGUAUUCUGUCUUCAUCUUGAGGCCGGCCUUCAGGGGACGCACCACCAGCGACAUCCUCUCACUUCUGCUCUGUCCCCUUGGGGGCCCAGCCCCUCCUGAAACCGCUGUAUUUCUGCCUCACUUAGCUGUCUGUGAUAUUCUCAGUGCUGUUUCUUGGAUUUCUUGCCCCUUGGCCCAGGAGAGGGGCGGUGUCACCCAUCUGCAGAGUCUUCCCAACGGAGCUGACAAGCAAACCAGCCAGGGUCCCAAUUAGCAGGAGAUAACCCAGUGCAACGCGGACCUUUACGGCCGGCUGCAUCCUUCCCACAGGCCUGAGUGCCGGCCCAAGUCUCGGAUGUUUACAGAGCCUUCGUUAACAAGAGCUGCCUCAGAUAACGGGCCUGGCGCAGUGAAGCCAGAUAAGGCAAAGGGCUGGACAAUCCAGGAUGCAGGGCGAGCCUGUGCGCCCCAGGCGCUCCCUGCAGAUCCCUCGGCAGGAUGAUGCAAGCCCAGGGCGGCCUGGCUCCUUUGGGCACCUGGUAACACAUCACCACUGCUGCCACGGCCCUGUGGCCUGCUCUGCAGGGCCCAAGAUGUCCCGUGGGGCUCUGUGGGUGGCCCUGCUCGUGCCGUCCCUGCUGGCCUGCCCCGUGCAAGGGAGGCCACUGCAGAGUGAGUGGCAGAUGCCACCAGGGGAACCCGGCAGCGGGCGGCAGGAGGGCACUAUGGACCUGACCGUGCUCCUGGAGAACAUGAAGGUGGACUUCCUGCGGGGCCUCAACCUGAGCAGCGUCCCCUCCCGGGUCAAGACCAGGCUGGAGCCACCGCAGUACAUGAUUGACCUGUACUACAGGUACACCUCCGACAAGUCGUCCACCCCGGCCUCCAACAUCGUGCGCAGCUUCAGCGUAGAAGAUGCCAUCUCCACGGCGGCCACCGAUGACUUCCCCUUCCACAAGCAUAUCUUGCUCUUUAACAUCUCCAUCCCCAGGCACGAGCAGAUCACCCGGGCCGAGCUCCGGCUCUACGUCUCCUGUCAAAACCACAUGGAUGCCCUCCGUGGGCUGGAAGGGAACAUGGUCAUCUACGACGUCCUGGAUGGAGAAGGCGCCUGGGAUGGUGCCUCGGGGACCAGGACCUUCCUGGUGUCCCAGGACAUUCGGGGCGAGGGCUGGGAGACAUUGGAAGUAUCCAGCGCCGUGAAGCGGUGGGUCAGGGCGGACUCCUCCAAGAGCAAAAAUAAACUAGAAGUGAUGGUGGAGAGCUGCAGGAAGGGCUGUGACACGCUGGACAUCAGCGUCCCCCCAGGUUCCAAAAAUCUGCCCUUCUUUGUGGUCUUCUCCAAUGACCGAAGCAACGGGACCAAGGAGACGAGGCUGGAGCUCAGAGAGAUGAUUGGCCACGAGCAGGAAAGCGUGCUCAGAAAGACACCCAAGAGCAGCCAAGGGGAAUCAGGCGAAGGCCACGGGGAGGAGGAGGAGGAGGGGGGCGGGGGGCAGGAGCAGGUCACUGCAGGUCGCUCCUCGGUGGGCUCGUUGUUAGCCAGACACAAGCGGAGCAUCGGGGCCGGCAGCCACUGCCAGAAGACCUCCCUGCGGGUGAGGUUCAAGGACAUCGGCUGGGACAGCUGGAUCAUCGCGCCCAAGGAAUACGACGCUUACGAGUGCCAAGGUGGCUGUUUCUUCCCCCUGAGCGAUGACCUGACGCCCACGAAGCAUGCCAUCGUGCAGACCCUGGUGCACCUCAAGCACCCCAAGAAGGUGGGCAAGGCCUGCUGUGUGCCUACCAAACUGAGCCCCAUCUCCAUCCUCUACAAGGACGACAGGGGGGUGCCCACCCUGAAGUACCACUACGAGGGAAUGAGCGUGGCUGAGUGUGGGUGCAGGUAGUACCUGCCCAGGGGGCCGGGAGAGGCAGGGGUUCCUGGGGAGGGGCCCUGCACCCCUGGGAACCACAGGGACCAUGUGGCUCUGUGGGCCAGCCCGGAAAUAGGAAGGGAGACUGCUGUCCCUCUUGUGACACCACUAAGCACACGUCCCUGGGCUCCGCCCCUGGUGACGGGGACAUGAGGGGUGUGGACAGAAUAGCAGGGUGUCAGGACCUUUGCUUUACAGGCACAGAAACCAAAAGCCAGCCGGCCAGCGAGUGUUCCGCCCAGGUCUGCGUGGCACCAAGGCCUGGGACCUGCCCCCGUGUCCCAUGGGUGCAGGGUCAUUCUGCACCUUGAGAGCCGCUGAUGCUGGGAGGCUGGAGCACUAAGGCCAGGCCGGGCUCAGCACCUGCUCACCCAUGCGUUCCUUCCCUGAAAACUGUGCCCAAACCCAGCUGCAGGCUGCAGAGAUCGCCUUCAGGACAGCGACCCUCUGGCAUGCCCUGUGUCAGGGCCACUGGGACUCUGGGGCCAUGCAGAGGUCAGGGCCUCACAGAGGGACCCUGGGGUGGACUCCACUCUGUGACAGUCUUUAGGACACAGCGGGUGUCCCUUGCCUCUGUGGUGACCUGACUCAGCCUGCCUGACUGCCCAGUACAAGGUCACCAUGCAUGCCCUGCCCAAGGAGACCGAGGGCAGGGCAAGGGUUUGGAUUUGUUGGAUUUAAAUAUGCUCUUAAUUUGGCAUUUGAAAGGUCCUUAUUGGCACUCCUUGGGGACACGCAGUCAAGUGAUAAGAUGGCCAGCUCUCUGGCCAGGGUCCCCUGGCCUGUGAAGGCCUCGGUCUCACUGGCCCCCGCCCGCAGGUUUGUGGAGUCGCAUGGGUGCUGUCCCCACGGUCUCCAUCUGCUCUGUGUCCUUUCUGUCCUUGGAUCCUCCUGCUGCACAAUGAGCCUGCACGGUGUGAAGAAGAGGCUCAGAGCCCCGAGGGCUCCCCUCGGGCACGGCGGGCCCCUCCCUGUGGAAGGGAAAAUCCCCAAGCUAGAUGCUCACACAGCGUCAACGAGCACCUUUAACGCAAAAUCACCAUGAAACCCGGACUUCAACUCCUGGAUCUGGCAGAAGUGUGAAUUCCUGCCAGCCACAGGGCUGUGCCGGGGCAAGGCGUCCUCUUCCAGUCCUGGGGGUGCGUUUCUGUGUCUGUGCAAAGCUCCACUUGGAAAUAAAGUCAGAGUCCGUGGUGAGGCCUUUCUUGAAUGUCAGGCCAGGGUCCGAGGGCGCUGUGAUGCCGCCUGCCCAGGAGCCCUGAGCUGCGCUGUUCCUUACCGGGUGGGGGAUGGAGAGGACACGGAGACCUGGAGGACACAGUGUGCAGUGUGCACGGCGAUUGCACACGGGGCUGUGUGAGCAGGAGUUGUGAGCAGCUGCGUGUGACAGGACUGGCUGAGCCCUCGCCAGGACACGGGAAUAGCUGCGGGUCACCUGAGGGGUCCAGGCCCCCUCCGCCACUCGCUGCUCUGAGCUGCUCCCUCUCCACUCUCUCCUCCAGGCUUCCCCAGUCCCACGUCCUGAAGGUCCUGGAGCUCAGUCCACCACCCUCAGCCCCACUCCCACCCUCCCGGCUCUGCGCUGUGUGGGCACAGGGCUGGGUCCUCGAAGGUGAGGACCUGAGCCUUGUGCCUUGUCCCCCCCAGAGGGCCCACAGCUCAAGGAAAACCCACAGUCACACCUUCAGGACACAGCACAAAAGGGGAGACCUGGGAGACCCUGGGCUUCCCCGCUGCCCCUGGACACCCUGGCCAGCUGCCCCCUCACCGAGGUCCAGAACUUGUGGUGACAAGAAGACUGCAACUCCGGUGCACAAGGGGCUCUUCCGGGAGCCUCCGAUGCUCAGGUACCAUGACAGAGGCACUUAGGCCAGGCUCUGCUUUAAGGAAGUGUGGUGUACAUCUGCAAUCUCAGCACUCUGGGUAGCUGAGACAGGAGGACCGAAAGUUUAAGGGCAGCCUGGGCAACCUCGAGAUUUAACAAGAUCCUGUCUCACGAAAUGGGUGGAUGGAUGGAUGGAUGGAUGGAUGGAUGGAUGGAUGGGUGGAUGGAUGGAUGGAUGGAUGGGUAGACAGGCGUACAGCAGACAGACAAUAGAUAGCUAGGUGAUAGAUAUUAAGUAGAUAGCAGAUAAUUGAGAGAUAAUAGAUACCUAGAUAAUAGAUAGACGAUAAAUAGGAACAGAAAGAAAAUACUAAAUAGAUAUAGAUGAUAGAUGAUCAAUAGACAAUACACAAGUAGAUAGUAGGUAGAAAAUAUAGAUAAUAAAUGAUAGAUGGAAGACAGGUCAUUGAUAGAUUUAAGUAGAUAAUAGAUAACAGACGAGAGUAGAUAAGAUUGGGAUGCAGCUCUGUACAGCGACUUUGGGUUCAAACCCAAGUACCGAAAAUAAGUGAGUUAAAUAUAUAAAUGUCUUAGUGUUCAGAAAAUGUAUUUUGCAGAGCAAAAGAAAGGAAACUGCCUAAAAUGAACAAUAGAGGAGUAAUUUAAUGAACUCUGUCCCUCCAAAAAGAGGCAAAAGAUUAAAGCAGACAAUUCACCAGCGAAGGUGGACCCGGAUAGCACAGAAAGGGAACUCACCAGCCUCAAGUAUCAGAUGCAGGUGGAAAUCACAGGCAAUCUGUCAGGACAGCCAGUGUCCACAAGUCCUCCCUGGGUAUCCGUGUGCAGGAACUGGAAUUCUCAGGGCUGCUGAUACAUUUAAAACUUCAUAAAACACUUAAGACAUUUCUUAAAAUGCUAAGUGCACAUUCAUAUCCUGUGUACUCUCCCCUUCAAAUAAAAAGAUAUUGAUCUGCAUGAAGAUCAAAUGCAAAUAUUCCUGCCAGCUCUGUAACAGUCCUGUACUUAGAUACCCUGGCGAUUAAUGACAAGGUGAGUGGGUAACAGUUCCUGGUUGGGCUGUACAAUGAAACAUUACACAGCUGUGAAAAAUAAAAUCACGGACCGUUCAACAACCUCAGAGGACGGGACACCAAAAGAGCACAAGGAAAACUUGGUAAUAAUCAUAAUCUAUGUUAUCGAACCUAUGCCUAGGGUUUCACGGUCUGCCCAGGUGUUGGAUCUCACCAAAUCUGCAUUUCAUGGAUGGGCAACUUAUUCUGUGUCAAUUACACAUCAAUUAAACUGUAAAAUAAUGCACACUCAUUGUAUAAUUGAAAAGUUCCUGGAAAAAAUAUAAUAAAGAAAACAAGUAUCUGUCCCCUGAA